AUUUCAAACAGUAUCCAGACAGUAUGUAGCCUAUAAGGCGCAAGGGCUAAGGUCUAUUUCAGCGCCAAGGACUCUAGACAAUUCCUAACGAUGCAGUCACCCCGCAGCUGAAAAAGGACGACUUCUGAUACUACUUAGAAGGGAUAUCUAAUUAGGCAAUUAAGUAUCACCAUAUAUAAGAACACACCUAUCCCUAUGAGCUACGCUCCUUUUCGUUGAGCUGUUAAGAGUUACGUGUUUACGUAGAUUAUCUUCCACUGAACAAGUACAUGCUAAUAACUAUCAUGACCCAAUCUUCAUAGACGUUCCUACGAUGAUACCAAGAUAAUACCCCCCAAAGAUGUUUGAAUACCGCCCCCUCAACCCAAAUAUUCGCGAAAUACGAGUCCUCAAUCUUUUACCUGGUAGCUUUGACGAGCCGCUUAGAAUUAGCAUAAAUGUCCAAAGUCUCGACUCAAGUCCUGCCUACAAUGCCCUUUCAUACGUAUGGGGCGAUGCUGCUACUGCAAAAAUUCCGGGAAAUACUAUAAACAUCGAUGGGUGCGACUUUCCCGUAACGGCAAACUUGUUUGCAGCUUUGCGGCAUUUGCGACCCCCGAAUGAGGCGGACGGUCCGCUUACGCUAUGGGUGGAUGCUGUGUGUAUCAAUCAAUCAGACCUAGAUGAGCGAGGGCAACAGGUUUCUAUGAUGCGGGAUAUUUAUGCAUCAGCUGAACGUGUGAUAAUAUGGCUUGGAGAAGCGGAUGAUGAGAGUGACCGCGCUUUUGAUACAUUUCCGAUUCUUGCCAACCACAAUCAACACCGAGGUAAUCAAAAGGAUGAGGAAUUUCUAGAUGAGACGCAUCUCUGCAGCGGAUUCUUCUCCGGAUUGGCUGAUAGGCGCCCUUGGUUCUCACGUGUUUGGAUUAUACAGGAGCUGGCGAUGGCUAAAAAUGAUCCCUUAGUCGCAUGUGGACAUAAAUCGGUAACUUGGUCAACUCUUAUGGGAGCUCAGGAGUUUGUUUCUAGGAAAGUUUUUACGGACGUAGGUGUGACGCGACGCAAACCGCGGGAAAGCGACAGUAACUUAACAGGGAAUAUUAAUGGUCUGCCCGAAGAAGACAUCGAAGUGACAGCGAAAUUGAAGAUUGACGUCCUUGACGAUCUUUAUAAGGCUAUGAGGACCCAGGGGGGCGAAAGCUUGUGGAAACUAUUAUUCGUCUCGAGGACAUCCGAAGCUACAGACCCGAGAGACAGAAUUUACGCAUUGAUUGGGCUCUUAAAGGCUGCUGAAUCAGAUUUGCAGGAGUCUGAGAACUCUAUCGUUGUCGAUUACCACAAGCCAACGGCGGCAGUUUACGCAGAUGCCAUGGCUUACAUGUUCACUCAAGGAGAUGGUCCUUAUUUCCUGUCGGGAGUAUUCUUACCGGGGAUUUCAGCUCCCGCCCCUUAUAUCACUAGCUUACCCUCGGCGACUUUACAACCUCCGCUCCCAUCAUGGGUUCCUGACUUCUCAAGGCAAGUCGCCGGGAAAGCAACACAGCCAAGCGGAUUUUCGUUCCACCCACCAGCAGGCACUAGCGCAUCAGGACCAGGGGCAAAUUGUAACAACGGAAGGCGACUGGAUGACCGGAGAACACUACAGGUAGAAGGGCUUUUCGUGGAUAUUAUUGAGGAAGUGGUGUCUCUCGGCGUGUCUCUCGGCGUGUCUCUUGGCGUGUCUCUAGACUCCCAUCUUGAUCAACUCGUUCGUAUCGAAGCUCUUGCUAAAGCUUCUAGGAAACGACCAUGUGAGAUGGAGGAAGCAGUGAAGCCUUACAUAGAGCGGUAUAAGAAUAGCGAGCCUCUAUGGAAAAUAUUGGUAUCAAACAAGCGUUUUAUGUCGGGUUAUGAUGAGGCACCAUCGUCGUAUGAGGGGAUGUAUGAAAGCCUCCUGAGGAAUAAUAGGGAAGGUAGGAAGUCGGAAACAGGCAGUAACGGGGAAUCGGACGAGUAUAUGGAGAGCCUGAAGUCAAAUGUUGGUAAGAAGUCUUUCUUCACUACGAAAAAUGGGUUUGUAGGUACCUGCGUUCCGGAUGCUUGCAAGGGAGAUAUUGUUGCCAUUUUAUUUGGAUCCCCGGUUCCAUUCGUGUUACGUCGGGCGUCGGAUGUGGUUGAAACAGCAAAUGGUGAAAGGGAGACUCAUUAUCUUGUGGGUGGGUCGUAUGUAGGGGGCAUCAUGGCUGGUGAGAUGGUGGACGAGUUGUAUUGCGAGGAUUUGAUGGAUUCUAUAACAUUCUUCAUUAGAUAGCCAUCAUGAAAUUAUUUGGGAAUUAAAGGGCGUGUGUCAAAUGCGAGCUCUGCAGAUUGGAGACUCGGUUAUCCAUGUAGGCGUUUCAGAAGAGUAUUUGCAUGCUAGGACUUAUGUUUAAUUGGAAAAUUUGCCUGU